UAUUUCUUAUAUUUCUAACGAGACUUUUAAACCGAGCCCAGCGGUGAUUGGGCGGUCUUGAGUCACGGGGUGUUCAGUCGUUUUGCCCUGCCUCGAGUCGGUCGCUGAAUGUGAGCUUGCCUGCCAGCGUUAGCAGCGCGUCUAUCUGGAUCUUCUACACUCAACCUACAACAAUUAUUGUUAAUUGCUGAAACCUUUUCUCUCUUUUCGGAAACAUAUUCUCAGCAUGGGCGACAAGAAAAGCCCGUCCAGGCCAAAAAGACAAGCCAAACCAACGGCGGACGACGGCUUUUGGGACUGUAGCGUCUGCACCUUCAGAAACAGCGCCGAAGCUUUCAAAUGCAGCAUCUGCGACGUGAGGAAGGGCACAUCUACAAGGAAACCACGAAUAAACUCGCAGCUGGUGGCACAGCAGGUGGCCCAGCAGUACGCCACACCCCCACCGGCCAAGAAGGAGAAGCGCGAGAAGCCCGAACGGCCAGAGAGAGAGUGCCGGGCAGAGGGCGAGCGCGAGGAAGACCAUGAGGGCGAGCGUGAGCGUGACCGUUCUGAGGGGCGCCAGCCUGACGCUGAGCCCUUGGAUAAGAGUGACAAGGAGCCCCUGCACAAGGAGAAGAAGGACCGCGAGAAGGAUAUCACCCCAGCCGUCGUCAAAAAGCCCAACAGCAAGAAGACCAGACCCAAGUCAGACAGUCACCAGAGUCCACCAUGCGAUCGGAGCAGCAUACAGUCUGGAAAGUCGACGACCAAGACCAACAGCGCCCACAUUUCAAGGCCCAAACUGAAGAACAUUGAUCGCAGCACGGCGCAGCAGCUAGCCAUCACGGUGGGCAACGUGACGGUGAUCAUCACAGACUUUAAGGAGAAGACACGCUCGUGCUCCACCUCCUCCUCCACUGUCACCUCCAGUGCGGGCUCCGAGCAGCAGCACCAGAGCUCCGGCUCCGAGAGCAUGGACAAGGGCUCGUCGCGUGCCUCCACCCCCAAAGGAGAGCUCUCGGUGGGGCACGACGAGUCAUUCUGAGCCCCCCCUCCCUUUCCUCGUCCCCUGGAAGUUGGUCACCUUGCCCAGUACCACCCCCUCCAGCACAGACCUCCCUCCACCCAACCCCAUUCCCCCUCCAAUUUCCCAUGAGACCGACAUCCAACAUCCUCCUGGACCGCUAUGAAGAGACUGAGGAUUAUUCUCCUAGCGUCCACCUACCCUCCAAAAGUCUACCCAAGACAGAGAAACACCCUUACCCCUUCACCUGUCCUUGGCACUCUCCUAAUGUUCUAAUUCACUUUAUACCCCACCCCCCUCCCUUGGUCUCCUUCAAACUGAGAGUUGGUCGUCGGGGUUCCCAGAGUGAAGCUACGAGCAGGAUCUGUGACGAUUUUUUUUUUUUUUUUUUUUUUUUCCAGCAUUCAGGAAGUUCAGCCAUGGAUGCUUGAGGAGUGAGAAUUUACUCCCCUCCCCAUCUCUCUCACACACACACACACAUACACAUACACACACACACACACACACACACACACACACACACACUUUCUCUCUCUCACACACACACACACACACACACACACACACACACUUUCUCUCACACACACACACACACACACACACACACACACUUUCUCACACACUCUCCUCUCCACGGUCAUAGAAAGGACAGAGAGAGCUCAAGGGGACUGCCGACGAGCCUGGAGGUAUCUUUCGAGAGAACUUGUAUGUAUUGUUUUUUAUAUUGUAAGUUGAUGUUUGGCUGAAUCAGACUCUCUUACAUUUUUAUUUGUUUGUUUGUUUGUUCCUUUUUUUGUACAAAAUUGUAUCUGCUGUGCACAAUAACCACCGACAUUUUAACAACUAUGACUGCUCCCAGUUAUAACCCCUAUUUAUUAUCUGUCGCCACUUUUCCGGUGCUCCUUUCACCUCAUUUGCUUUGAGCUUUGCUUAGCCGUGCCCCCCGUUGUGUCUCUGGAAAAAAAAUGCCCCUGUUCGCUAUUGAUAUUGGUGCUAGAUAACACUGUGAAACAGUUUCAGCCCCGGGACUGCCACUCACACACGAUAAUGGGGAUUUACCAGAAAAAAAAAAAAGAAACGAAAAACCUGAUAUUCCAUUUUUCCACUCUUGCCCUUGCCAGUUUCAUCUUUUUCCUUUCUCCACUUUAUUCCCUUAAUGUGUGUUUUCGGUCCGAGGUUGUCUGCGUUGUUGUGGGAAAUAACCCGAUGUGGAAGUAUACGCCGGAUCCGUGGAUGUAUAUCAGCUUGUGCAAGCUGAGUGGAAGUUCACGGAGUGUGUUCGCCAAACCCUCCAUGGCAUUUAUUUUUUUAGUUGGCUGUAGCGUCAUGGCAGAGUUUCACAAGGAAAAACACUAAAGUUGACUUUUGUCUUGCACAUCGGGUCACCUGUCUGUGCUAACUGCAACCAAUGGGAGUGACCGAAAAUGUUACGCAUAGUUCCCAGUUUUAUAAACCGCACCUAAGAGGCAAACAUAUUUGCGCUGAGCAAAAUUGAAAGGCCUUCAGAUUUGGAGAUUCUGGUGAGUCCAUGAAUUCUCAGUGUUGUCAAGUUUAGUGCAAGGUUUUUUUUUUUGCACUCGGUGAGACUAGUUGCAGUUUAAGUGGGAAAUGAAGAAUUUAAUUUAGUUUUAAAUUGACUUUAAGAUAUUGAAGAUGUCACUGAAGGCAACGUAUCUCUACAACAAGUAGUUCCAUGUAAAUAAACCUUGUGUAUUUUUUUUUGCUUACAUCGCAGUAUCUUGAACUGAAAGAUGUUUAUACAGUUCAUAUUUCAUGAAGGGUUUUGUAUUUCAACAGCUGACUGCUAUUGCCAACUGGCUUAGUCAGGCUAACCAAACCAAUCCAGCGUAAGAGACAAACUGAGCAAACUCCCUUUCAACUUGUAUUAAACCUGUACAAAGUAUAAAUGUGUAUAUGAUAACUGAGUUUUAUUUAUUGAAGGACCAAAGGAAUUUGAUAAUGAUAUGACUCGUUAGGCAAAUAACAAUUUGAAAAAGAGAAAAAAGUGUAAUUAUCAUAUUAAAUACGAUUUAAAUAAAGACAUUAAUAUAAUCCGUUUAAAAAUGUGUAAUUCUUGUUCAGUUUAUAUUGAGGAUUAUGUUUUGAAACCUAGUUUAAAAACAAACACUUAAAAGACAGCAAAAAGGAUCAGCUUACAAAAGGUCAUCACUGCUGUACAGUAAGCAGCUGUGCCCUGGCCUCCUGCGUUGUGCAUUUACUUUGCUCUGUUACCCCAGUUGUUCCUUGCUUUGUGUCUGAGGACGUUCAGUGGUGCUAGAGAUCCAGUGAGAUGGUAGUGCUGCACUGGGCAGAUGCUGAGCCCCUUUGACCCUCCCUCCCUCCGUCCCGGUCCUAGUGUCUCGUUUUUGUACCAUAAGCAAGUAAACUCUGGCAGAGGCCCCUUAGAUUAAGAUGUGCAAACCUCCGACUUAAUAGGAAGACACCAAGGGCCCAGUUUAGUGAGUUGUUUCCAACGGGCUAGGGCUGGCUGGCUAGGGCUGCUUGCUCGCUUUUUCGUUUUAAACCUGGUCACGUAAUGCAGAAAGCGAUCAAGUAAGAGAAGCAGGCGGUGGUGACAGAAGACAUGAUGAAUACCAAUUUGUAACUUGGAGAAAGCGGUCACCCCCUAGCCAGCUGAACAGUUUGAGGGAUCCACAUCUUUUGCUUCUGUUAAGAGAUCUUGUCAGUGGCUUUAGGUUGUCAGGGUGGAGCAAGGAAAGACCAAGAAGAGGGAAGUUGAGACCUUUGGUUUUUUUUUUUAGGUUUCAAAAAGUGAGUUUUUUUCUGCAAGAAUCCCUAAACUCCAUCUCUGAAUGUUUCUUGACAUGAUGUAGCUCGAACUGAACUCAUUGACAAAGUAAUGUGUCUGAUAUGAGAGAGGGCCGUCUUGAGAAAUGUAGUCAAGGAAACUCACCCCCCUGUCCCCCUCCCAAAACACCACCACUACUAAGAGAAUAUGCAAUAUGAGCUGGAUUAAGAUGGAACUCUCACUUGAGACAACAGAGAAUAGUUUUCUGACAAAUAAGAAGGGGCUUGGGGAUGAACACUGAUCAAAGAGAAUGCUUUUGGUGGGAGAUUUUCACAUCUCUCUCCUCCCUUGACUUUAUGAUAAUGUAUAUUCCAUUUACAUUUUCUAUGACUUCUAUAUAUAGCCAUCUUUUCACCUGCCUUACCCUGCUAACACCUGGCUUUUUUUUUUUUUUGGUAAAAUUAUAAAGAAAAAUUAAAAUGAAAAAAAAAAAAAUAAUAAUAAUAAUAAUUGUGUCUUAAUUUAUUUGAAAAAUUGACAAUUUUGCUGGAUGUGUAAACUGCUUGUAUGUGUAACUGAAAGAAAUGGUGCGGAAAAGCCAGCAUACAGAGAAUGGCAAUGGAGCUGAGCAAUUGUUGUUUUUCUUUUUUGUUGUUUUUGUUUUUUCUCUUGUAACGCGCAAGCAGUUCUGUUCUUGUGUGCGACCAGUAACCUUAUUUUACUGUGUAAAGAUGGUUACAAUUUUUUAGCUUCGUUUUAUUUUAUUUUGUCAGACCCAAAUAUAGAAUGCUUGUUUACUUAAUGGUAUAACAUUAAUCUCGUGGAAAAUCUCCGAUGUAAGUGUACUAUACAGGUUCUUUUAAUUUUCUCCUAAUACGAGGUCUUGUCGUACAGUACUUUUAAUGUUUAUGUUAAAUGAAAUGUUCUGUAGGGUCCUAUAGCAUAUUAAUCAGUACUUUUUCAUUUUUCGAGUUACAAGUCAUUUUACGAGUUUUUCUGUUUCGUUGUUUCACUUUUUUUGUUCUUCUCGCAGAGUGUUCUUGGUAAUUUUGUGAAAUGGUCUCAUUCAUUUCUUAAUUGUGUAAAUGUAUUUGGGGAAUAUUAAAUGAUCAGCGCUCCUUUGUCUUAGCUAAUCCAAUGUUGAGAUAAUACAUGUUUCUUGGCAUGUGCACGACUUCGCUCUUAGAUGCUACCUUUUAUCAUUUUUUUUCUCCGCUUCAAAUAGAAAUGUCUAUUUAUGAAUUUUGCUUGUAGUUUUUCACAAAUAAAAAAUGUUAAAUUUA